AUGAAAUCAAUGUAAUAAAGAUUGACUCCCACCACUAAACUAAAUAUGAAGGAUGAUUCAAAUUUGACAAGAAUUUAUUGUGUAAAUCAUUCAAAUAAAACUGCCAAAUAUUACUUAGUUAAGGAUAACACAAUUAAUCUAUGUUCAAAAUGCACAGUGUAAAUGAUGGGUAAGGGACACAAAGUUGAAGAAAUACCUGGUAUUGAAGAAGAAUACAGGAGGAAAUAAAUUAAUUAAUUUAUCAAUUAAGUAAAUAACAACAUUCCUCAUAUUGAUAAAAUGAUGAAUGCUCUAAUUACAAAAAGGGAUGAUAUUCAAAAAUACUAUGAAUAAUAAAAAGAAAAGGUUGAAAAGUUUCAUACUUAAAUUUACAAAGAUUUAGAAGAAGAGAAACUAAAAAAGUUAUAAUAAUUAUAUACUAAUUUUAAGAAUGUAUAAUAAUAAUAUGAUGAAAGCAUUUAAAAUUUAUAAUCAUCUAAAUCUGAAACUAUGUGUAUGAAAAAGGAUAUAGAAUUUAAUCUAAAUUCAAUUAUCAAGUAAAUUUAAAAUGAACCUUUUAAUGAAAUUAUGGCUAGUUAUCAUAAAAAUCUUCAAAUAUUCAUAAAUAAAACUGAUCUAAUAGCCAAAACUCCAAUUGAAGUCUUAAAAGUAACAUUAAAUGAACCAAUCAAUUUAAGUCAUCUUAUAUCAAUAUCAUUAUUGAAAACAUGCUUAAUCAAGAAAAACCUUCAAGAUUCAAAUAAUAAAUAAGAAUCUAAUGAUAGUGUAUAUGAAAGUUUAGAAAAAAAAGAAUACUAUACAUAACCAAAAAUUAGUAGAAUGGCAUUAUCUUCAGUAAAAACACCAAAAUAAGAUUACAGCAUAAAAAAUGUAGCCUCUUUUGAAAUAACCAAUGAAGAAUUGUAUGAAGAUGGACAUUCAUAGAUGAUAGAAAGAGAUGAUGUUGAAAAUUCAUAUUAAAUGAUGUUAUUAGAUACUCAUUUAGAUUAAGAACCAUAGAAAAAUGAUUAAGAUAUAUUAGGAUCAUUUGGACCAAUCUAAAUUAAUAAUAAUUCUAAUCCAAAUAAUAAUAAUACAAUAUUAUAAUCUAAUAAUAAUAAAUUAUUGGUUUCUAAAAUUAUUGAAAGAAACAAUUAAAAAAAUAUAGAUAAAAAUUAUAUGCUUAAAGCUACAAAUACAUCACUAAAGCAUAUAUGA